AUGCGUACCUACGACGAUACUUUCAGCGGCACCAAAAUCUACCCGGGCAAGGGCAAGCUCUACGUCCGCGGCGACAGCAAGAUCUUCCGAUUCCAGAAUGGCAAGACCGAGUCCCUCUUCUUGCAGCGCAAGAACCCCCGCAGAAUAGCCUGGACCAUCCUCUACCGCCGAAUGCACAAGAAGGGUAUCUCAGAGGAAGUCGCCAAGAAGCGCACCCGCCGCACCGUCAAGCACCAGCGCGCCAUCGUCGGAGCGUCGCUCGACGUCAUCAAGGAGCGCCGCUCCCAGCGUCCCGAGGCCAGAGCCGCUGCCCGACAAGCCGCCAUCAAGGACGCCAAGGAGAAGAAAGCCGCCAGCGAGAGCAAGAAGAAGGCCGAGAAGGCGAAGAGCGCGGCCAACGCUUCGAGGGGCCAGAUCACGAGUAAGCAGGGAGCCAAGGGCGCGCCGACCAAGGUCAAGGCUACGACGAGAUAA